GAGAGAGAGGAGGGGAGACAGAGAGAGCAAGAGAGAGACGGCGAGCACACGCCUGAAAGUUUUAAACCUGUGAUCACGCUAGGUGAUGCGAGGCAGGACUGGGGAUACUUCCAAUGUGCCAGGACAAAGGAAAUUCUUUGACAAGGAAAACAGUAAAGUGUGAAGAGAGAUUUGGGAUUUUAUUGUUUACACUUCAUUGACCAGACGAUUCGUCAGGACUGGGGUGAUGCGGUAUCCUUUUUAAAACCACUCCAUUUUGCAAAGCCAUUUUGCAAAAAAAAGGACCACAGGACGGAGAAUAAAUACUCUUUCAACACUCGCAAGCUGAGGGCAACACACACUUAUCUUUGGGAUAUGGAGUCCGAAAAACACAUAAAUAUUUGACAUGUUAAGACCUUCCCCACACGCUGUGGGAACAAAUGGCCACAAGUCCAUUGGAUAUAUGAAGUGACUGGACCAAAGGGAUGAAAAGGAACAGAUUUGAUUACAGGAAAGCUACAAAUCGCUGCUCGUAAGAGACCAGGAUGGGGCCUGCACCUUCAAGAUCACCAUGACGGAGAAAAUGCAGGCUAAGAACCAUCAGAGUUCUGAAGACACAAAGUCACCCCUAAUGGAUUACUGCAGCCGUUUUUGAAUAAGAUCAGAGAGUGCAGAAAGCAGAAAGCAAUCACUCUCUUAAGGGGAGAGGGGGCACUUGCAUUUUGGCCCUUUUUACCGCUGACAGGAAAGAGCCAGAAGCCAGAAGGGGGCUGUCAUUUGCGAGCCGUUUUCUGCCACCACACCACACGCCUCCCUCCGUGCCUGCUACCCAAUCCCCUGAACGGCGUACGUACCCCCAAAAACCCCUACCACCCCCACUCCCCAGUCCCGAAGGAGCCUCGUGAACAUGCUGGCAAAGUUUGUGGAGACCUCCAGAACAGAGCGCCUCCGUCUCCACUCCUGCGUCCCCGGCCAGCCUACCCCGGGCCUCUCCCCACCAGCCGCGGCGCCAUGUCCCAAAGAGAGCAGGUCUCACUCCUACAACAGCUGCUCCAGCUGCCCGACCACAACAGCAGCAGCAGUGGGGGUGGUGACGGCGGCAGAGGAGGGGGCCCUCUGGACUACAACAUGGAGGGCGAUGAGGAGCCCUUUCCUCUGCCUCUGCGCUGGGCCUCACUUCUCAUCAUCCUGGUCAUCAUCCCCACUAUCGGGGGCAACAUCCUGGUCAUCAUAGCCGUGUCGCUGGAGAGGAAGCUGCAGAACGCCACCAACUACUUCCUGAUGUCCCUGGCCGUGGCCGACCUGCUGGUGGGGCUCCUGGUCAUGCCCCUGGCUCUACUCAGCGUGCUCUUCAACUCGUCCUGGCCCCUUCCAGAGUUUUUGUGCCCCAUUUGGCUGUUUCUGGACGUGCUCUUCUCCACCGCCUCGAUCAUGCACCUCUGUGCCAUCUCCCUGGAUCGCUACAUAGCCAUCAAGAGGCCCAUACAAGCCAGCCAGUACAAGUCCCGCUCCAAAGCCAUGGCCAAGAUCGCACUGGUGUGGUUCAUAUCCAUCGGAAUUGCCAUGCCGAUUCCCAUAAAGGGCCUGAAGAACUUCCAUAUUCCAAACAACAUCACCUUCAAUCAAAACCACACGUGUCUGCUCAAGCAGGACACUUUCCAAGAGUUCAUCAUGUUUGGCUCGCUGGCUGCUUUCUUCAUUCCACUGACUGUCAUGCUGGUCAUAUACCUGCUGACCAUCCAGGCCUUGCGAAAGAAGGCGUACCUGCUUAAGUCACGAGCGUCACAGAGGUACUCCAGGCCCACCAUUACCACGGUCUGCCAAAGGGAUCAGCAACCCAACUCCUCUCCCCCUGAGAAACUGACCAUGCUGGAGGGGGGUACCAAGAGGGACCGAGCAGCAGGCAGCCCGCCCAACACCCUGACUGGACACGACAUCCCCAUGCGCAGGAUGUCUACCAUGGGGAAAAAGUCCAUGCAGAACAUUAGCAAUGAGCAGAGGGCGUCCAAGGUGCUUGGCAUCGUCUUUCUGCUCUUUGUGGUCAUGUGGUGCCCCUUCUUCAUCACAAACGUGACGGCGGUGCUCUGCAAGAGCUGCGACCCCAGAGUGGUGGGCCGGCUCAUGGGCAUCUUCGAGUGGAUUGGCUACGUGUCGUCGGGCGUCAACCCGCUGGUUUACACGCUCUUCAACAAGACGUUCCGGGACGCCUUCGCUCGAUACAUCACGUGCAACUUCACCGGGGCGCCGCGGCCCCCCAAAGAGGACCAGAGCAAGCCUCUCAAUCACAUCUCCUUUCGCUCCUCCGUGGCGGAGAACUCCAAGCUGUUCAUGAAGCACGGCAUGAAGAACGGCAUCAGCCCUGUGAACUACCAGAGUCCUCUGCGGAGGAGGGCGCCACCUAUCCAGUCCUCCGCCACCGUUCUGCUGGACACGUUAUUGCUCACGGAGAACGAAGACUGUAAGCCGGACCAUGAGCAUGUCAGCUAUGUGUGACCUUCCCAAGACAAAGGAGGUCAUUGUAUGCAAUAAGGAAUAAUCGGCUUUUGAGAAGAAAAUACGCUUUUUUGAAAAAAGAAGAAACAAUACUACUAACAGUAUUUGUUCUGAGUGCCAUGUAAAGCCUAGUAAGCUUAAGUGGCUGAUUGGAUUGACAUAUUGUUGGAAUAAAAUGACGUGGGGACCUGACCUCUAUGUCGACUCGAUAAUUUCCAGAAUGGGAAAGAGACAUUUGAUUUCGACAAUCAAAACAGAGACAAAAAUAAUUUGUCUAACAGCAUGGAUCUAUCUUUUGAGCCCUAUAUGUAUACAAGAAUUAUGAAUGUCACAUUUGUUUUUUGUGCCAAUAAGCAAAAUAUUUAUAAUUUGCCUUUAUUGAAAAAGCUUCUGAAUUGUAUUUUUUUUUCAUUAAAAAAGAAAACAGCCAGCUGAUGAUUGUAGAUGCUAAGAGAGACAAAGAUGUCUUAGGGCAGGCUUUGGUGUUCUUGCCAAGUAAAACAAAUAAAGGUUACAGACAAGAGAGAGACACUUCAGUAUUUCACAGAGAACAGCCUUGAAAAUACGUGCCAAGUUGGGAUUGCCAUAACACAGACGUAUUUGUUAUUAACGACUGUUUAUUUAAGUGUUCAUAAUGAACUGCCGCGAAAGCGGUGGUGGGAAAGACAUACUGCGGAUUUUCAUUCCUCUUCCAUCCUGACUUGCAAGAUAGAGCAGACUGUAGGUGAGGACGCAAACUAAUAACCAAAAAACAUCUUAAGUACUAAUCCAAUCCAUCAUGGGGCGUGGGCAUGUAUAACAGACAUGCCAAGUAAUAAAAUCAUAACAGGCCCUUCUCUGAUGAUUAAUCACUUUAUGUAGCAGCGUAGUAAGAAAAAUCCAUCAGAAGGCUGCAUAGUCUAUCUAUGCAGAAGGAUUGCGGGAAGAAGCAGCAAUAUACUACCAUACUCCAUCAAUGGUGUCUACUGCAGGUCAGGGGAAAACACUUGGUAUUUCAAAGAUGGUUGAACUACCUCACAUAUUUUCCAUUAACAAAAAGUACCACGUCUUAGCAAUAUGCACAGUUGGACCAUCAAAUUUGACAGUGUGAAGCAUGUCUCAAGGCAAAACAAAUGUGCACGUGCGCACGCACAUUCACACCGCAUUUGUAGGCUGUAAAUAAAAUGGCUAAUAUCCUGGCUUUGCCUUGGUUCAUAUGAGAACAGCAGGCUACUUCAUAGUUAUCUCCUUGACAUGACAGGGUAACACUUUAAUUUUAAAGUAUGUGAGACCGUGUUAGCAUAGUGUUAGAUUUUUCUUACAGCCAGUUGAUGAAGGUCCAUCACAAAGCCAUUUUUGGGCUUGAAUUAGUCUGCACAGUACCCCAAAAGAACAGUUACAUAGGGCAGAGCAGUGCAGAGCAAAGCAGAGGAGUGUGAUGGGUGAAACCAUGUCAAUGGAAGAGGACUGAGGCUUUGUGAGUGGAAUAAGUUACAUAUUAUAAAGGAGAAGAGAAAGAGGAACGGUGACGGUGAGCGCAUUUUGCAAUAACCUUUGGCACUGGGCUUGA